AUGGUCCGUUCUCUGACUACAAUGGUAAAAGAGGCAGCCCAACGGCUCCCUGCCAUCGAAGAUAGCUCUUUCGGCGCCAUGUUCGACUCUUUUGGCCAGUCCAGAGUUGUACUAAUCGGCGACGGAAGUCACGGGACAUCCGAAUUCUACCGCGCCCGUGCAGCAAUUACGAGACAUUUGAUUGAAAACCACGGCUUUAACAUUGUGGCCAUCGAAGCUGACUGGCCCGAUGCAAAGUCUGUCGAUCGAUACGUCCGCCAGAAUCCCUCGCAGCACACGAGGAAGCUCAGCGUCUUCGACCACUUCCCCCGGUGGAUGUGGCGCAACACCGAAGUCCAAAGCUUUGUGGACUGGCUACGUAGACACAAUGCACAGCUGGCACCGGAGAGUCGAACGAGCUUCGCCGGUCUUGAUCUGUAUUCCAUGGGCACCUCCAUCCACUCCGUGCAAGGCUAUUUGGACAGAGUUGAUCCAGAGACCGCGAAGCUUGCGAAGAAGCGCUACGGUUGUCUUGAGCCAUGGAUGGAUGACCCAGCUCAGUACGGGCGUAACUCGUUUAUCAAGAAUGCUGCGCCGUGCGAGAAAGGGGUUGUUAACAUGCUCAAAGACCUCUUGGAGAAACGGUUGGAGCUCGCCAAAGAGGACGACGGUGAGGAUUUCUUCGAUGCAGAGAUGAAUGCUAGACUGGUCCGCGACGCAGAAAGUUACUACCGUUCAAUGUAUUACGGUAGCGAUGAUUCGUGGAAUCAACGCGACACCCAUUUCUUCAAGACGCUGGUGCGCUUGCUCCAGAAUCGCAAGGGGUCGAAAGCAGUCGUAUGGGCACACAACUCGCACGUCGGAGACGCUCGCUACACGGGCAUGGGCGAAUCAAGGAACGAGCUGAACAUCGGACAGCUAUGUAAAGAGCAGUGGGGCGCGAGCUGCAGCAUCAUCGGUUGUGGCACGCACACCGGCACCGUCGCAGCAGCCGACGAAUGGGAUGAGCCUAUGGAGGUAAUGACCGUUAAUCCGUCCCGGGACGACAGCUAUGAGCGGGUCAUGCACGACACGGGUAUUCCCAGCUUCAAGCUCGACCUUCGGGAAGGUUGUAUCGAUGACGAGUUGAGGAACGCACUCAUGAAGAAGCGGCUCGAAAGAUUCAUUGGCGUGAUCUAUCGGCCCAAGACGGAGCGUUGGAGUCACUACUCGGCAGCCAUCCUGCCCAAGCAGUUUGAUUGCUUUGUUUGGUUUGAUCGGACGGAGGCGGUCCACGCUUUCGAGAUUGCGCAGCCUGAGGAGGCGCCCAGUGCUGGCGAGACGUAUCCGUUCGGGUUGUAA